GGAGGAGGGAUUAGGCAUUGUAGUGCAUUUAGAGAGCGUUUGAGGGCGCGCAUGUCGUCGAUUAACCGCAGCAGGAAGCCGACAAUCGAUGGGGUGCGACGACAAGGCGAGCGAUAAUCCACCCUCCCUCCCCUUCCCCGUCCCACCUUCCCUGUGGACACAGGAUCAUUUACACAGCACCCCGACGGACUUUGGGCUGAUCUUUAUCAAUUCAUUUAAAAACUAUUAUGUGGCGCGCAAAAAGAGGGCGAGCGGCGCGCGCGUGACCCUUCGGAAUGUCGUGAGAUUUUUAGCACUUGUCGCACACACUCGAACCCUCUUCCUGCUGCUGCGGGAUGCUGUUUUCGCUCCCUCCCGUUCAUCUGCUGUCCCCUAAAACAGGACCACUUACUGCCUGAGUGAGUGACUUCGUAUUAUAGUUUCCCCUCGCCGACGCGUUAGUCCCGCGUUCGUGAUCGGUUCGUUCCGGGUGCUUUCAGUGAGUUGGUGGUGUUGGUAUGUGUUGCGGAGGGCAAGACGGACGAAAUCCAGGACAGCAACCAGGAUACAGCAUUCGGGACACAUCACCACCACCACACUUGCCGGCAGCAAAAAAGCUAUGCCACACCGGCCGCAACCACCCCGAGAGGUAAAGCCGUGCGAGCGCACCACCUGAUUUCGGCACGAAUCACCAGGCGUUCGCCUGUGUGUGUGUGUGUGUGUGUGUGUGUGUGUGUGUGUGUGUGUGUUUGUGUCCUGUGUAAUCCUGGACCGAUAUAAAAUAUCCCGACCGGGGUGGUGCCGUGCUGCAGACCGAGUCGGCACGUGGCGAUGAGAGGUUGUCGCAUCCUGUUUGGGAAGAAUUAAAGGAUUCUGUGAGUGUGAUUGCGUGUGAUUGCGUGGAGAGCGAGAUGUGAUGGUGUUACUUACAAUAAACUUUAAGAACAUAUUGCUGUCUGUCGUGUGCUUUCAAUUCAAUAGUGCAAGUGUCUGUUCAACUAGUGCCAACAUGUUCCCCUCAACGACGUUCGCCACAACGCCGACUGCCGACGGAUCGCCUCCGUUCGUGCGCAAGUUCCGGCCGGAGAUCGAUCUGCACCUUAGCAACGUUAGCCCCGAACCAAUGUCCAACGAUGGGUACGAGGGCUAUGCCGAUCUGUCCUCCCAGUCAUCCACCUCGGCCCCGAUCCCUCGACGUGCUCCAUCUCCUUCCACGUCCGUCUGUGCGCUCGGAUUCCUGCCGAUCGAUUCCGUAUCGAAGGGCUACACCCCGGAGGAAGUGUGCCUGAGGGUGGCCCAUCACACCGUCCACGGUGGCGCCUCGUCGACCGCCCGCACCACGCUGAUACGCAAAUCGUCCUCCACCGGGCUGCUCACGACGAACGAGUCGACCGGUGGCAUGAAAAGCUCGAACUGGAUACGCACGAUCAGGUUGGCGAGUGAUGUGCGCAGCUUUAACGCACUGCUGGAGCUGACCGCGACGCAGCUGCUGCGCAUAAGACUGACCGCCGACGUCGGCAACGGGGAGGAGUUGAAGCUGUGGUUCUCCGAGGAUGUGAUAGCGCACAUGCAAAUCCCCUUCCUGACGCCGGUCAACAUUCAACGUCAAAACUGCUACGUGUGCCACCUCUGCCAGAAGUCGUACGAGUAUCCGAACCCGCUGAAAAUCCAUCUCGCCACCAGCUGCAACCGCGAGCCGCUGGCGACCCUGUGGCACCGGCUGCACCAAGCCCUUGCGGCACGCUACGGUGCCCCCUUCGCGCCCCUGUACGACUUCCAGCCGUGGCGCAAUUCCGCCUUCCGGCCCGUACUGAGCGCGCACGUCGUCAAGCUGGACCAUCACCUGUCGCCACCCCCGGCAGCCCAUCGGCGGCUGCAUCAUGCGCCCGCCCCGGCAGUGGAGCGGGCAGCGGUGGCCGCGGACGAACCGACGGCGGGCGCUACCCAUCUCGUCACCGCGGCGCACCUCGAAACGAUCGUCAGCAACAUGGGCUCCUCGAAGCAGGGCCACGUGUGCAUCUACUGCGGCAAGCUGUACUCGCGCAAGUACGGGCUAAAGAUACACAUCCGCACGCACACCGGCUUUAAGCCGCUCAAGUGCCAGUACUGUUUGCGCCCGUUCGGCGAUCCGAGCAAUCUGAACAAACACAUCCGGCUGCACCGGCAGCACGAUGGGUCGCUGUACGAGUGCAGCCUGUGCGGGAAGAAGCUGGCCCGGCGGAGGGAUUUGCAGCGCCAUCUGCAGGCAAGGCACAAUAGCACGCAAAUCAUCGACCAGUCGACGACCUCCGAGGAGGAGGAGGAGGAGGAGGACGAGGAGGUGGAGGUGCGGCAGAGGAGAGGUGCUUCGGUCGGUGGUGGACGCCGGGAGCCAAACAGUUGAUAGUCGAAGGCCGAAAUUGUCGUCCGGAACGGACGAAAGUCGCUCGUUUGUUAAGUUUGGUAGCUCUUCUGCAAACAACAGAUGUUUCAUUAAAUAGUUUACUAUAUUAUAACGAAAAUGUGUGUAAAUACAACAACGCAUGAUUGCCGAAAGAAAUUUACUUGCCGUCUGCCAGUAGUACAGUUUUCUUGGGUCCGGGGUAGUGGUGUUAAAAACGGAUCUUUUUAAUGAUCGGCUCAGUUCCGGUUCAUUCAUAAAGGUGAUCCGGAUCGUUUGAUCGGAUCAAUCAUUCAAUCGUUCGUUCUCUGCUAAACCUGUCAUUUAAUGCCAAAGAGAAAGAGAACAUCUUCUACAGGGCUCUACCAAGGUUUUUUGGUUGUUUCCCAAUUAUUUUUG